AUGACAGUUCCCACUCUGAAGUGCCCGUGGUCUGUGGUGGGGAUCAGCAGUUUGCUUGGGAUGUUGGCCGUCGACGCAGUGUUCGACUUUGGUGAAGCUGACAGAGCCAAAACUUACUACUGCACCCUCUUGCCGAGCCUCACGAGCUUCCCUUUUUCUUUGCGGGUCGUGAUCCCGGUGCUUUUCUCGGGUCUUUCCAUCCUAUGGAAUCUCUCAAGCUCUUGGACUUGGUGCGAGGCGACAAAAGUGUCGUCAAGACUUGACAGUCCGGCAGUCUACCACCUUGGCACCUGUGCAGUGUUGCUCUUGGGCGGUACGCCUUGCUUUGCCGUCUCGGUGAGAGCUGUGUUCCAGAUGUGCCAGGGAAACAUCCAGCCGGAGGCGGAGGCGUUGCCGACGCUUCAGCGGGCACAUCUGGCGCUUUUGGUGAUCUUUCUGAUGUCCAUGCUGCUGGAAACAAUGGCUCUCUCAAAGACAGAGAAGCUCAAGACCAAAAUGGAGAAGCAAAAAGCACGCAACAGUGCAAGUUUCUUUGGGGCGCUGCAACAGAAAGAUCGUGAAGAUGGACAGAAAACCUCGAGUAGCGAUGCCAGGAACCGUCCUCUUCCGUGGAUCGGCUAUUAG